AUGGCGCUCGCGGAAGUGUGUGGAUUAAAUUCAUUUAUGAAUAUAAAUAAUUCUCAAAAAGACGAAAAAUUCAGUCAUGAAGUUGAGAUUGCGAAUUUCACCAAUAAUUUGUCCUUAGAGAUGCCACCAUUUAGCAAUCCAGCUAAUUUUUUGGGACAGCUUGGUAAUGAAACUGAUGAAACUGGUAAACAUUUGAAGAUUCAAUUUGAUCAUGGAACUACCACCUUAGGUUUUAUGUACCAAGGUGGAAUAGUAUUGUCAGUAGAUUCUCGUGCAACUGGAGGCCAAUUUAUUGGUUCGCAAGUUAUGAAAAAAAUUGUUGAGAUAAAUGAUUACUUACUGGGCACAUUAGCUGGAGGAGCAGCUGAUUGUGUUUAUUGGGAUAGAGUCUUAGCUAAACAAUGUCGCAUGUAUGAACUUAGAAAUAGAUCACGCAUUUCAGUUGCAGCUGCAAGUAAACUAAUGUCCAAUAUGGUAUAUAACUACAAAGGAAUGGGUUUGAGUAUAGGUAUGAUGAUUGCUGGAUGGGAUAAGCAAGGUCCUGGUUUAUAUUAUGUUGAUUCAGAAGGCACACGUACACCAGGAAAAGUAUUCAGCGUAGGCUCUGGUUCUAUCUAUGCUUAUGGUGUCCUGGAUUCUGGAUAUCAUUGGAAUCUAAAAGAUGAGGAAGCUUACGAACUUGGUAGAAGAGCUAUUUAUCAUGCAACUCACAGAGAUGCUUACUCUGGUGGUAUCGUUAGAGUUUACCAUAUGAAAUCCACUGGUUGGGUUCAUAUUAGUGAUCAAGACUGCAAGGAUUUGCAUUAUGCAUAUGCAGAAGAAAAAGAAGUUUAAUUUAUCAAUAAUAUUUUAUUAUAACAUUUCAUUAAUUCUUUAAUAAUAAACGUGUCUAAUUGAUUAUAAUUCAA